CCUGCAUUCAGGUGUGCGGAUAUCAUAUGUGUGUGUGUUUCGAGGCUUGUGUGUCACGGUCGCUAAUUUUUCUGAAGCAAUUCAGGAAGCCCUAGCCCUUCCUUCAGAUCCAAGGACACUCUAGGACCCCUUCAUACAGUGGGAACCCUUGACUAUGCAGGUUCUGAGCACUCGCUGUGACACUCACUCACAUUCAUGAGGGGAAUAAGAAUAAUCUCGUCAAUGUAUAGGCUUGCAAAUGAAAAGCCAGUAUUUCUAGACGCAGAAGUCAUCGUUUAAAUGACACUACAAUCUGGUAAAUAUUUUACCCUCGCUCGUGGCCAUGGACAGCCCACUCAGCAAAACGGAUCAAGGAAACUGUAGCAUGGGGGACGUCUCCAGAGUCCACUCAUGGAGCAAGAAGUCAUACCUGGGUCUGGGUUCUUUGACAACACACCCGAUGCAGUGUGUGCGAACAAGGAGUGAGUGACAUUUCCUUUGUGGCUGCUCUUCAGCACGCGACGGCGCACUCCGACCUCAACCGGCGACACGAUGGGAUUGUGUCCACAAUGUGCGUCUGUCUCCCCUUCGCAUGCGUGGAAAAGUGAUGCUGGCGCGCGAAGGAUCAACUAUAAAGGGGAAACGUGUGCUUCUGCGAAGUGAUUCUCCCCACUUGGCAGAAUCGCUUGCGUCGAAUCAACUUCGCCCGCGCUCCCCUGUGCGGCGGACGAUGGUGGAUGCCUGUCUGAAGACGUGGUAGUGUCUUGGCGUGGUGCCAUUUCAGCGCUAUGCCAAUCCACUAGGAGACGAGAAUGCAACCUCGAACCUGAAAUUUGAAGAUACUUUUACAAAUCUGCCGUUACCAAUACCUAUGUGCAGAUAUUCCGACGGUUGUUCGCCACUUCGGUCGUCGAUAUUGCAUUGUUUGUUGUUCUCUCUUGUGCCACAGUCUAUGGACUACUCAGCUGCAGCGCUCCCCCAGCUAGCUGAAACACCGAGUGACUACUUUGACUUCGGACGAGGAAACUCCGUUCAAGUGGCCACCUUUGUGAAAGAGUCCUUGUCGUGCAGGAUGAAAGGAAGCCGUAUGCAGCGGGCGGACUUGUUUGCUAUUUCUACUCCAUAGUGUCGCAGAAAUCAGCCUUCCGUUGUGGGCACGGUCUCUGGGUUUACGUAUUUCGUUGCGCCUUCCUUGGCCCCAACCACGCCGUCCACUCGGGCGUUGCCCGUUUCCUUCGUCCGUCCCAGCGGUGUCUGUAGGGCCAACGUUUUUUCCAUGGCACAAAUCAACAAGGUGCCAGUACAAGUGGUCUGAAAAGAAAGUGGCCUCCCUUUUCUGUUGGCGUAGGGGAGAAUAGUUUCUGCAAUUAAGCUCUCCGGCGGCAGACCACAUGCGAGGGUCGACACGGUGCCUCUCCUCGUGUUCCUGCCACGUGAGUUCAAUUUUCACAGGUGGCCUCGAACCUGUGCAUUUUGUGUUUGUUCAGUCACGAUUCCACUUCAAUUUGCGAGAAAGGCCUUAAACCCCCUCAGCCAGUAUUGGCUUUCUUCCGUUAACGGCACACGUGAGCAAUGGGCGCGUAUUCAUGUUUUCCAUUCUCCAGUCCGUGACUUUGAAGACCCAUGGCACUCUGGGGCAUAGAAUUCCCGAUCGCUCCCAUACGGGAGUGGCGGAUGUGGCCGCCAUUUCUUGCUUUUGUGAGCUGCCAGUUUGUCUUGCUCAUCGUCCACAGUGUGGCACAUGAUGCCCUUGUGGGAGUAACCGUUUUUCUCUCGUGCGUAUCCUGUGUUUCCUGCAUCAUCUGGCGCCGCCUUCGUGUGCUGUUGGCGAACUUCUUGUCGCAGUGUUUUCUGUUUUUCGUGCUGCUAGUUUGCGCGGUCACAGGCGCUUCGUCCAUGGCCGGGCUGCACGAAAACAAGCCGUAUAUGGCGCUUGUUGUCAUCCAAUUUCUGGCCUUCUCACUUGGCCUCGCAGCUUGUGGUAACCUAGUCUACCGCUUCAAAACGAAGGCACCCAUCAUUCCCGUCACAUCUGCCGUUCGGAAGCCACCAAUCGAGUUCUGUGAGCGCGAAGUUCGCCUGACUUCAUCUCAUCAGAGUCUCGACUCGAACGGUGCAGACAGUGGACUGAUUUCGACCUUGUUUGGCCUCAUUUCAUCUAAGCGGCCAUCUUUUUGUGCCAGUCAAUGUCACUCUGAUGCCGAUGCAAAGACUGCGUCGAGUACCCAGGCUUCCCGGGGCUACGCAUCAGACUCUGAGAAAAACGACAGCGCAUCACUUACAGACAGGAGCGCUGUGGAGGGAAAAUGCAACAGCAACAGUAUUCGCGUCACUGACGGGCGAGAAAGUGACUGGUUUCUGACCCAAAGCUUCAGGCACGACCAGGAGAAAGAGCAGCUAUAUCAGGAUGCUCUAAGAAGCUUUGCGGAAUCCAGUCUUCCUGGCCCUUGUCAAGCUCCCUCUCACAUGGAAGUCAGUCCCGAUUCCGCCCAAGUGCCGGCCUGCGCCCUUUCCUCCCUAGCCCCUUGUCUCAAUGCCUCCUUGGCUGGCACAGAUGAGGCACCGUCAUCAAGUGCGCUCUCCGAAGAGCGCGAUCUGCAUCGGGCUUCGGGCGAAAGCAUCGUGGUCUUCAGCGCAACUGAUGAGAAGGGAGUCUUUUACGUUAGGACGACAAGCGUUUCUCCGGUUCCUUCACCAACAAAUGUGGAUAGUGAAGCAUCUUCGUUCGACCUCUCACCGCAAACCAUGGACGGCGACUGCCACCAUACCAACAAGACAACAGAACCCGAACCACUCUCCAUGGAAGCUGCCGGCUCUCCCGCCGGGCCGAAGCGUUAUCGAGUAGGUGCGUAUUCCUGCGAUGACUACGCCUACAGGCAAACGAGUGAUGGAGAGCCACCUGCGACGUAUAUCGUUCAACUGACAGACUCGGAUUGCAGUGAAUUUAGCUCCGCCGUAGCACAUGGAUCUAGUGUGGCACCGGCAAGUGGUGUGGCGAACCAGCUGAAUCCACCAUCUCCUCUUCAGAGUGCGUGGAAGACUCUUAAAAGGAAGUCACGGAAGUCUUUGCAAAAUGCGAUCCAGUACCUCAGCAGCAGCAGUGAAGCACAGUCAGAUGAAUGUCACAUCGCCAAACCUGUCCCUGUUCGUGGGAAUAGUGGAGAAGAAUACUGCCACACUCCACCAGGCGCACGGACUGAACGAAGCAGGAAAGCGCCCACUGGGCAGAGGCGAGAGGUUUCCAGUACUAGUGGAGUGCCGACUUCGAUGGGGGUUGGGCCGUCCCAUCCGAAUAGUCAAAGGGGCAUGCAAUCGCCAUUGACAACUCCCUCUGGAGAAGAGGUCGACCUCUCUGCGUCUGUCGGCGCACCCACUGGUGCCCAUGAAGAAACAAAAGCCGGACCUAGCGGUGACGUUCAGACGCUGCCCGACACAGAUUCCGGCGAUGCACCUGUGAAAUCCAGGGGGACUGCGACUGGUGCUGAGGCGCAAAUCACCAGUGGUGGAUAUAAGUUAGCAUCAAAUGCGUGUCCCUCGUGGAAAAGCAGGGAUAUUUUCCCGGGGCUACGAUCUGAUGAUAGUCUAAAACAAGACGAUGACUCUGGGGAGGUACCUAAAGAUUCCCGCGCUGCGUGUACGGGGGACUGGGUCUCAGACUCUUCCAAUACAGGUUGGGGGCCAGCGGAAAAGCAAGCCCGCAGCUUGCCAGGCAACACAAAAUAUUCACCACCAUCGUUUGUCGGUGAUGCGGCAAAGAAUCAAGCGGAGUGGCCUGAAGGUGAUAUUUCAGGUGACGAUGGUAGCGUCAAUUUGUCUCUGAGUUCCUCCGAAGCAGAUUUUCAACCCUAAAACCCCAUGAGAAGUCCACUGACACGUGGCCAGUCGUGUUCACCUAUGCGCACGUUUCCUCUUACACGUCUACCGCACCCGUUCAGGAGGCAGCCUGCGAAAAUGCACACACAAAGGUUUUGUACGGGGAGGGUGCGGUACAGUACAAGUAUAACAUGGAAAAGCAGCGCAGCAACGCAUUCUGGCAGCAAUGAUGUAAUAAGAAAGGAAAUGCCACAGAUGGCAAAGGAGAGGAUGCCACAAGCCAAAAUGGCAGGUGAAAGACCCUCACUUCUUGAACAGUUUCGUCGGAUGUAGGUACGUUAGAGGCCGACUACGGACAGAUGAGUCCCUUUGUGAUCCCCUCACUACAUGAAACGCUCUGAUUUCAUGUUUGACCAUGAAGUCCUGGCGGUGCCAAACAAGUGUCCAAUAAGCAUGCGUUGGGAGUAGAAUUUUGGCGACGCUCGAGUGACUAAGGAGAAGAAAUCAUGUUUGGGCGGCUGGGAAUUGAGUGCAAGAUGAAACAGGUGGGACGGUUAAAGAUUUUUACACAUUUAUGGAGUCAGACAAAUAGCACCGUCUUGGUCAGUGUUGUUUUCACAAUUAUGCAUUGUUUGAGUGCAAGCGAACAGGCAAUACCGUACACGAUUCGGUUCACAAAAGUGCCAAUAUCUUUUUGUUUUUUUCACGGCUGCGGUAUUGUUACUGUUUCCCGCUCGUGUGCAGCCAGCUCCCACAUCUCACGAACAUUUUGGCCGCUGGAGGCAGCUUUAAUGGCGAUUCGACCGAAACAGAUUAAUUGUCCAUUUCCUACCAUUUACACCCAUUCGAACACUAACUCAGGUACCCCAGAUGGAACCAUGGUGGUCUCAGUGAAGCGGACUCAAAUGCUUAGUUCCACC